AUGUCAACAUGGUUGAAAGUCCUUUUGCUGAUCUCUCCGAUUUUUGGGCUUCGUGAAGUUUUCUUUUCACCUCCAUAUAUGAUGCAACCGAUUCCCGCUGCACAGGGUCCACAUAAUCAAGAAAAUGUACAAAGGACGAGUGAUAUAAAUAAUGGACUCAUUGACCUUUGCACAUCAAUGGAUCAACAACGAAUUCGUCAAUGUGCCGAUCCUCUCUACUCAAUUGGUGCUUUCUCCGAAGAUGACAAUGAAAAUGGAAACUCUCUUUCACUCACUUGGGAUCAUUUUCUCACAAAAACUCAGGACUAUUUCAGUCUUGUUUGCGACAAUUUCUAUAUCUUUGACAUGUGCAUCGAGCCGUACAAGGAUAUUUGUUUCUCUGAAGAGCCCGUUAGGCACAAAUAUCAGACAGCGAUUAAGAUUUUGGACUUCUUGUGCAGAGAUGGAUAUAAUGAUAUGAUUCGAAAUUUCGAGUGUUUCACUCGGACAUUGACAAGAGCUGAAAUGAUGCAGUGUCAAGCGGAAAUGGUGGCCGAUACGAGGAAAAUACCGCCAAUUGAAGAGAUUGGCAAUAUGGGACAACAGGCGGCGAUUUGUGGAGCUGUUCGCAAUUACGUUGAUUGUAUCAAAUUACCGAUUCGAUACGAGUGCGGUUAUCGGGCUUGGCAUCUCGUUCGAGAGUUGGUUGUCCGUCCCACUGCAGCUCUUCUCCCUCAAUGUGACAUUCUCUACAAUGGAUCAACAUCAAGAAUUCUCUCUUUUAUUCUAAUUUUAACAGUUUUUACUUUCAUUUUC